UCGCUGUCCGUGGUUCUGAAAGUAAACAGGAAUGCCUGUGGACACAGAGGCCAUAACAGAUCACUUCCAUGGGAAUAUAGCUGCUUUUUGGACUAACAUGCCACAGCAGGAUACAGCUUGACUAACCAGCGUUUUUGGAUAUCUGUAGAGCACAUGCGGGAAUUCAGAUGUUAAACUUUUGACUAAACGUGAGUCACACUCAUCAUGGGAACCGACUCAGCGCCUCACAAAUUGCACCCAGCAGGGAACCGGACCUUGUGCCUUUAGGAGCGCAGGCGCAAAUGUCAGACAGUUUUAUGGCAGAGUUUUGCUUCUGGAAGUACAACGAAUGCGACGCACAGACACAUUAGGUGCGAAUCCCGAAGGAACUGACACCAUCCUCCUCCACCUCCUCCUCUUCCACCUCGUUGUGGUGCCGCAGCAGCAGACAACGCGGCGAGUGCGUCCUGCAGCAGCAGCAACAACAGCAGCAGCAACGGCACCUGUCGUUUUCAGGACGAGCUGAUACACGAUUUAGGAGUAAAAGAAAGGUGUUCUCCGAAACAAUUCCCAGCCACCAACACCGCGGGGUUCCGUGAAUACCGAUGGCUUCAUGUGUAGAUAUUUGCGCCUCUCAAAAUUACGCAUCGAGCCCUUGAUGCUCAAGUGUGGUGACGCUGAGGGGAGCAAUUUCAGUGCAUCCCUGUGAACACACACAGCCAGACAGACAGACACACACACACACACACACACACACACACACACACACACACACACACACACACACACAAACACACAUAUUGUGGAGACUUUUGGAUACAAGUGCUUCACAGGAGACAAUGAGAGGCUACCUGCUGACUGCCAUCUUUCUGCUGCCCUUGGUGGCCUCAGAGUCCGAGCACUGUAUAAUCAAGCGUGAACAUGAGAUAUGCAUGGAGAGGAUCAUGCUGCACAACCCCAGCGAUGACCUUGAAUUAGUGUGUCCGUGGCUGUGGGAUAACCUGACCUGCUGGCAGGCGGCCAAUGUUGGUGAAGUUGUGGUAGUCAACUGUCCAGAGCUCUUUCAUGACUUUAUGGGCCCUGACGAUGAGAUGGGAAAGGUCAGUCGUAACUGUACGGAGGAUGGCUGGUCUGAACCGUUCCCUCAUUAUGUGGACGUCUGCUUAUUCUAUGACAAUACCACUAAACCACUUGACAUGUACUACGCCUCAGUCAAGGCUCUGUACACAGUUGGCUACAGCACAUCGCUGGUGUCUCUGACUACAGCCAUGGUCAUUCUUUGCAGAUUCAGGAAGCUCCACUGCACCAGGAACUUCAUUCACAUGAACCUGUUUGUGUCUUUCAUCCUGAGAGCCAUCUCAGUCUUCAUCAAAGAUGGCGUGCUGUAUGCUCAGGAGGACAGCGACCACUGCUUCGUACACACAGUGGCGUGUAAAGCUGUGAUGGUUUUCUUCCAUUACUGCGUCAUGUCCAACUAUUUCUGGCUCUUCAUUGAAGGUCUGUAUCUCUUCACUCUGCUGGUGGAGACUUUCUUUCCUGAGAGACGCUACUUCUACUGGUACACCAUUGUAGGAUGGGGAACUCCCACCAUUUGCGUCACUGUCUGGGCGGUUCUGAGGCUCCACUUUCAUGACACUGGAUGCUGGGAUACAAAUGAGAACACUGCCCUCUGGUGGGUGAUCAAAGGACCAGUUGUGGCCUCCAUUAUGAUCAAUUUUGUCCUCUUUAUUGGAAUAAUAAUCAUCCUGGUCCAGAAGCUGCAGUCCCCUGAUAUCGGAGGCAACGAAUCAAGCAUUUACCUCAGCUGUGCUCAGAAAUGCUUCAGUGAGCCCACACAGGCUGUUCAGCAUUCGUGCAGGAUGUCAGAGUUAUCCACCAUCACACUGCGUCUGGCACGUUCCACCCUCCUGCUCAUCCCCCUGUUUGGUAUUCACUACACUGUGUUCGCCUUCUCACCUGAAGAUGUCAGCAAGAGGGAGAGACUGGUCUUUGAACUGGGACUGGGAUCCUUCCAGGGCUUUGUUGUAGCUGUGCUCUACUGUUUCCUCAAUGGAGAGUUUCUCCCUGAAGGUGCAGUCGGAGAUCAAGAGGAAAUGGCGCAGCUGGACGGUGAACCGGUACUUUGCUGUGGACUUGAAGCAGCAAAGGCACCCUUCAUUGGCGAGCAGUGGAGUGAACGGCGGGACUCAGCUGUCGAUCCUUAGCAAGAGCAGCUCCCAGAUACGCAUGUCGAGCCCACUGGCGGAGAACGCCAACAUCAGCCUCCCCACCUGAGCGUCUGAUUGGCAGGAGUCAACUUCAAGGUGCCAUUCCUCUUACGUACAUCCAGACCAACCAGAACAGACCAAAGUGGCCCCUCACACCUCUUAUAUUUUGUAGUUUGGCCUUUAGAUAAUGAGAUAUUUCUGAAAGAGAUUAAUUGGAGGUGCAAAGCUGGCUUUCAUACUUUCUAAUUUAAUUUGAAUAUACAAUAUAAUUGAAUUUAUCUGAGCAUUUUAGUUGACUCUGUGGAUUGCAAUUGUUUAUGAUUAAUGAUGCACUUAAUAUUUUUACGGAUAACUCAAAUUACACUCCAUUAAUUACAACAUGAGCGAGACGAUAGAAAUUCCCUUCCUACCAAUUGUUUUAUUCAAAAUGUAGCCCCUGUUAUUGUUUUAUUUGUUUAGUUGGUGCCAAAAAAUAGAAUAGUUGUAAAAACAAAACAAAUGUAGGGGGUCAUAACUGGCUGUUGGUGUGUAAAGUAAAUGUGCUUCAAAGUGCCAUGCAGGUUGCCUGACUGGAUCUGAUCUCAUAACAGUCCAAAGUUAAAUAUCAACCAAACGUUCGCCUUGCUUGUACAAAUGCUCAUUGUUUAAAUGUUUCAUCUUAAAUUUAAACAUUUUUCUACAAUCAGCCGUAAGUACAGAGUAUGUCAAAAGAUAUAUAUAUAUAAAAUCUAAAAAAACUCAUGGACUUUGUAAAUAGUUACUUUUGGUGUCUAGAUCAGAAUUUCUUUCUUUUGCUUAAUGCAGUAUUGUAAUGACCUUUUCAAACAAAAGGAACUGGAGCCCAAAUCUGUAGACUUCAUCACAUAUCCUGAGGACCCAGAAGAUCCUGCCCACUAUAUUCUGAACUAUUUGUUUGUAUUAAAUAUAAACACACACACGAUAUCUAUAUAUAAGAACAUAGUGCCAAAAUGAAUGAGCAGUGGUUCCCAACCUGAAGGUGACGAGAUGAAUCUGAGGGGCCGUGAGAUGUACCAUGAUGAUAGUACAACAAGUUUGGAAAGAGGAACAAUAUAUUUCUGCUUCAUUAAUUUCUGUUUAUUUUCAGGACAUUCAUUUAAGCUUUUUGUCUUGUAAAUGACCCGAUAGUUACACGUCUUUAAGCUUCUAGAAACAUUCAUAUUAAACCAUCUGAGAAUGUAAAAUCACUCUUUGGUCGAAGUGCUCACCUUUGACUUUGGAAUGUUUUAAAGAAUGAAAAGACCAAAAAGGUUGGGAACCACUGCUGUAGAGGACAGCACAGUAGCCUACACAAGGGAAUACAAAAUUGAAUAAAAAAUGAAAUAAACAAACUAAAAAUCCACACUCUGAACUGAUGUAUCCUCACAGAUAGUGUCAGUGUUGAGCCUCCAGAUGCACUACAGUAGUUUCCUCCAGUUGGUUUUUCCCUUUUAUAGACAUGUUCUUUGCAGACUUUGAACAUAAACAGUACAUGUGCCAUUCAGUGGAUGCUUUUAUCCAAAGCUCCUCAUAGUGCCAUAAGUUUAUAUGUACAGCAUUUUAUUUUAGGCAUUGAAAAUCAAACCCCUCAACAUACUAUACUAAGGAUAAAGAUGUUCUCUUUUCUCUGAGCCUCAAACCAUAAUGCCAUAUUAAAUUGCUCUUCAUUUAUUUAUUCUUUAAUUAAUCAUCUCCUAUACUCAUAUUCCAAAGUGCCUAGUCAGUCACAAAUAGCUAUCAUUUUUAUUUACAGUGCAAUGAACAGAUAUCUUAAAGGUGUAGAAAGAGUAAUUUCUUGCAAAGAAUGUACAGACUGGUGUGUUUUAUUGUGGAUCACUUUUUCAAAGUUAUGCUUCUUCAUAGAUAAAUAUUUUAUCCAUUUGUUGGUGAAAUUCUUCUUUUUCUCUUUUUAAAUUUCUUAGACAUUAAGUGAAAUGAGUCCUGCUGUGUUUUUUUCUUUUGAAUCAUGACAAUUUUUUGACAAGACUUGAGUUACAGCUCUACAGAAUCGCUGCUUUAUUUAGCCUCCUGGUUACAGCUAUCAUCUAUUCAAGAUAAGUCCAUUUCAGUUCAGCGCCAACUUCGAACACAUAGACGGUUUCAAAAUAGAAACAGUACAUGUUAUUACAGUCGACACAAAAUGCUUUAAUGUGACAGCUCUUGACAAUCGCGGAGUGUUGCCCAUUUUCUUUUUCUGUCUUUUUGUUUGUGCAGAAACAAGCUAACAAACAAUAACUGUCCUGGUGGGGAAAUCAUUUAAAGAGACAAAAUGUGAAAUGAUUUGUACAGGAGGAUUUAUCCACAAUAUUUACUCAAGAUAUUUAUUUUUUGUAUUGUUAUCUGAGUGCAUUAAACGAAUGUAGAAUCUUUAAAAUGGAUGAUAUUGUUGAACAGAUAAGGAUGUAUAUUUAUUUUCCAUAAACCACUGACAUGUGAAAUGACUCAAUGUACAGUAUACAUGCUUUCUUAUGUGUCAUUUAGUUAUAUGUCAGAUGUAUAAUUUCAUUACAUUGACUGAUGUUGACUUUCUUGGUCAAAGUGCCAUAAAUGUAGUGCCAUAACUGGGCACAGUGGGAGCUGUGUGACACAAAAACAAAAACAUUCAGAGGAAAUUGCUGUCCAAAGCUGCAGAGGAUAUUGCGAGUGAUAAAACACAGCUUUAACCUCUAAAAAAGCUAGAUAAAACACACACUACUGAAGAGAUGCAUCUGUUUUAAUGCAUCCGCUUUGCUGUUUUGGGACAAAACAGUGUGUGACUGUGAAACAUGUCUCACUAUAAUCAGAGAUAGGCUAGAGGAGUAUUUAUUUUGAAUUAGGGGUUAGAGUUUAGAAGGUGGAACAACUGCGACAGAUAAAACACAAAGUGUGUACUAGGGUGUGAUAAAAAUCACACUGCUGCUGCUUACGUGUUCUAUCACCAGCCGUCACUCUGAGUCUGAAUCGGCUCAGAUGGAAACGACCAUGUCUCAAAGCUGUUACUGUCUGAAAAGAAGAGUGGAAAACUCCUUACUUGACAAUGUCUGUGUUGUAUAUUUAUCUACCACAAGGUGGCGACCAAGUGUAAGAAUUGUAGUUUGAUAGUUUAAUAGGGAGGGGACAUUUGACUGGCAUCGGUUUUGCUUUUUGAGCCUUCUACUUUGGAUUUUGGAUGAAACAGGGGUUGGGGUGGGGCAUUUAGGGACUCUUACGCCACAUGCUUAACAUUGUUCACAUCUACUUUUUGUAUUUUUUCUUUACACAAAUCAGCAAACAAGCCUACAAAUGAGAUGUUUCUAAAUGAGGCCUGAUGUGCAAUUUUGAAACAGUUUGAAGUUGGUUAUUUUGUUAUAUUUCCCCCUCUCAAUCCCAAAAUGUCCUCACUGCUUACUUUAGUUUCAAAACCAACUGUGAACUGUUUGAAUUUCAAAACAUUUACUGAGAUGGGAGGACAUUUGCCCUUUCGAGUGCUAAAGCAAAAUCAGGCAGUGUAACUUUGAGCUUAAUUUGAGCUAAAACUGACCACACCUUUCUUCUCACACACACUCUUCUUACAGUGAAUUUAGCAUUACAGUAACACACUAAUCUUUAUAUAUGUGUGUCAAAGCCCGACAUGUUUUCUUAAAGCAAUAGUCUGACAUUUUGGGAAAUAUGCUUAUUCGCUUUCCUGCUGAGAGUUGCAUGAGAAGACUGACAGUACAUUCGACUGUGGGAUAUGCUAAAUAUGAAGCUACAGCCAGUAGCCAUUUAGUUUAGCUUAGCACAAAGACUGGAAGCAGGGGGAAACAGCUAGCCUGGCUCCGUCUGGCUUUUUGUAGGUUAAUUAAUUUGUCAAUUAGUGAGCUGCUAAUAUCCACUAGCUGUGGGUAAACAGUUGCUUUCCCCCAGCUAGGAGAUAAAACAGCUAGAUAUUAGAUAUUAGUUAAUAUUACAUCUACUAGCUACUUUUUCCCCUCAUUUUUCAGUCUUUGCGGUAUCAAUCUUCUCAUCUCUCAAGAAAGCAAAUACUUUGUUUAGCUGAUUUCCUAAAAUGUCCUAAAACUAUUCCUUUAAAUGUAACUAUUCUCAGUGUGGCGUAUCUCUGUAUUUAGAUGCCUUUUCUUUGACGGUUGUGCGUGUUGAGCCAGUUUUAUCAAGUGUUGAGUGUAUGUGUGUGAGUUCUAUUGAUUGCCAAUGAAUUUUUUGAAUGUACUGAUGUUGCUCAGCUGCUCUUAAAUGUCGCCUGCUAUCAAUUUGCCAUGGUGUACAAAUGAUGUCUUUUCUUGAUCAUGUAUACAGUACACUGUAUAUGGAUAUUUUUGGCACACAGGUGGACCCCUUGACGAAGACCUGUAAUGUUUGUGACCGUGUUUUUGUAUGUUUAUGUAACUGUCUUCAGAGUGUGUGUGUAUGUGUGUGUGUAUGUUUGAAAGUUGAAGAGAGUGUAGUCUGUAUGCAUGUGUAUGUAAUGCCAAGCAUUCAUGAGGAUAUAAGUAACUUAAAUGUCAAAAGAAUAUCUAUAAAGCCCAUAUUAUGUUCUACUUGUGACAGUGUUUUAUGUAUGUGUUCUUGUGUCCAACAUUCAUGUCCCAGGUUGUGUAAAUUUGACUGCAAAAUAAAUCUAUCUGUGGUAAA